CCGCCCCCCGCCCGCCGCCCGGGAGCCGCAGCCGCCGCCGCCGCCGCCACCACUCCCGCUCUCUCUGCGUCGCUGCCGCCGCCGCCCCUGCCACCGCCACCGCCACCGCCACAGGCUGAGUCUGCAGCCCCGAGAGAUCUCAGCCAUCAUGUCGAUAGAGAAGAUCUGGGCCCGGGAGAUCCUGGACUCCCGUGGGAACCCCACGGUGGAGGUGGAUCUCCACACUGCCAAAGGUCUUUUCCGGGCUGCGGUGCCCAGUGGCGCCUCCACUGGGAUCUAUGAGGCCCUGGAGCUGAGGGAUGGGGACAAACAGCGUUACUUAGGCAAAGGUGUCCUGAAGGCAGUGGACCACAUCAACACCACCAUCGCUCCUGCCCUCAUCAGCUCAGGUCUCUCUGUGGUGGAGCAGGAGAAGCUGGACAACCUCAUGUUGGAGCUAGACGGGACUGAGAACAAAUCCAAGUUUGGGGCCAAUGCCAUCCUGGGUGUGUCCCUGGCCGUGUGUAAGGCAGGGGCAGCCGAGCGGGAAUUGCCCCUGUAUCGCCACAUUGCUCAGUUGGCUGGAAACUCGGACCUCAUCCUUCCGGUGCCGGCCUUCAACGUGAUCAAUGGUGGCUCUCAUGCUGGGAAUAAGCUGGCCAUGCAGGAAUUUAUGAUCCUCCCAGUGGGCGCUGAGAGCUUUCGGGAUGCCAUGCGACUCGGGGCAGAGGUCUACCACACACUCAAGGGCGUCAUCAAGGACAAGUAUGGCAAGGAUGCCACCAAUGUGGGAGAUGAGGGCGGCUUUGCCCCCAACAUCCUGGAGAACAGUGAAGCCUUGGAGCUGGUGAAGGAAGCCAUCGACAAGGCUGGCUACACAGAAAAGAUUGUCAUUGGCAUGGAUGUCGCUGCCUCGGAGUUUCAUCGUGAUGGCAAAUACGACUUGGACUUCAAAUCUCCUGCUGAUCCUUCCCGAUACAUCACUGGGGACCAGCUGGGGGCCCUCUACCAGGACUUUGUCAGGGACUAUCCUGUGGUCUCCAUUGAGGACCCCUUUGACCAGGAUGAUUGGGCUGCCUGGUCGAAGUUCACAGCCAAUGUAGGGAUCCAGAUUGUGGGUGAUGACCUGACGGUGACCAACCCAAAGCGUAUCGAGCGGGCCGUGGAGGAAAAGGCCUGCAACUGUCUGCUGCUCAAGGUCAACCAGAUUGGUUCGGUCACUGAAGCCAUCCAAGCGUGCAAGCUGGCGCAGGAGAAUGGCUGGGGGGUCAUGGUGAGUCACCGCUCUGGAGAGACCGAGGACACGUUCAUCGCCGAUCUGGUGGUGGGGCUCUGCACAGGCCAGAUCAAGACUGGAGCCCCGUGCCGUUCGGAGCGUCUGGCUAAGUACAACCAGCUCAUGAGAAUUGAAGAAGAGCUGGGGGACGAAGCCCGCUUCGCUGGACAUAAUUUCCGCAAUCCCAGUGUGCUGUGAUCCCUCUCCUUGCCCGGAGACUAGGAACCCCUUUGCCACUCUCCUGGAAACUCUUUCUUCCUGUUCUGCUCUGUGACAUCUCUCCCCGGACCCCCCGCUGACCUGCUGCACUCUUCCUUGGCUUGUCCAGCCCCGGCUGUGUGCUCUUCCCCCUCUGGGUUCCACACUCUCCACUUCUCUGUCCUUUCUAUUCUCUCUCCUCAAAAACCGGCCAUGGAACUGAGGAUUAUAAGGCAGUCCAUGGAAGAACAGUCAGGGUCUGGGAAGGGUGCAUCUGGGUCGGUUGGUGAGGCGUGUCGAGAGGGGUCGUAUGUCACUGUGUGUGUCUCUUCCACCUGUCUUCCAUGUUGUGUAGGAGUCAGGAGGCGCGGCCAGCCAAGGUGGAGGGGCAUGCUGGCGGCAUGACCGUGCCUGGCCCAAGCUCUUAGUGGAUUAUUUAUUCAUUUAUUUAUUGUUCAUUUGUCUUAAUCAAUUCCUCAUUUCUCCCUAACUCCAGUAUUCAAACCUGGCCUGACAGGAAAUGAGUGUGUGUGUGUGUGUGUGUGUGUGUGCACGCGCGUGUGAUGUGGCAGAGAUUCGGGGAUGGCCUGGGGCUGGGAGGUCUUGCUGGAAUGGGAAGGGUAACAGAAAAGGGCCUUGCUCAUCAGCUCCUUUGUGUCCACCAGCCCUUAACCGAAGCCGGCUUGGUCCAGAGGUAGGGCUGUGGGCCCGGGGGCUCUUUCCCCUAACUCUCUCCUCAGCCCCGGCUUCCCUGUUCUUCCUCCAGCUGCAUCAGAGAAAUGUCUCACUCCCCUGUGCCACAUUCCACAGUUGCCACCACCUCUGUGGUGUGGAAAUGAGCACCACCAUUAAAGUCUGAAUCACAGUGC